CACUGCCGCUUUGCCAGCUUCAGGAAUCGGUGUGGAUCGUCCAGCCGGGGGCAGACGACGACGACGACGGCAGCAGCAGGCGAGGAAGCAGCAGCAGCGACAGUCGGCUGGCUCGAGUUUCCCCGCAGGCAACUGCUGCCCGCUGUCUACCAGGCCUUAAUAGACUUACAGGCGGCUCUGGAGAGUUCGCCACCUUCCCUUUCCUGUCGGGAUCUUUGCGGUCCACGGAGAUUGUAGUCCCCGCUGAGUCGCGGCGCUCUUGCUCCCCUUCACUCUCCGGCCGAGAUGCCUUCGGACCGGCCUUUCAAGCAGAGGCGGAGCUUCUCUGAUCGUUGCAAAGAGGUACAGCAGAUCCGAGAACAGCAUCCAAACAAAAUUCCAGUCAUUAUUGAAAGAUACAAGGGGGAGAAGCAGCUGCCUGUGCUGGAUAAGACCAAAUUUCUAGUCCCUGACCAUGUCAACAUGAGCGAAUUGGUAAAAAUAAUCCGGCGCCGGCUGCAGCUGAAUCCAACCCAGGCCUUCUUCCUGUUGGUCAACCAGCACAGCAUGGUGAGCGUUUCCACCCCCAUCUCUGAGAUCUAUGAGCAAGAGAAGGACGAAGAUGGCUUCCUCUACAUGGUCUAUGCCUCGCAGGAGACCUUUGGCUACUGAGCAUCUGUCUGCACCAGAGGACUGACUCUAAACUGUUGCAUCAAAAUCCCUGUCUCCCCAACACUCCCCCCUCCUUGGCACACCAGUGCAGGCAGAGGCCUGUGGCCCAGGAGCAGCACAAAGAGCAACUGGUGCGCCUCCACCUUCGCAGUGCAACAGACCAAGCGAGUUCAGUGUGUGUAUGAUUGUGUGACCCACAAGUCCCUACUUUUUCCUUGCCGUCGCCCCCCCUUGUGUGCAACACUCAUUGCUCCCUCCUACCUUCCCCACUGUGUGUGCUCUCUCGCUCUCUGUUGCUAUUCUGUCCUUGUUCUUAGUCCAAUGCCAAAUUAAUGAAGCUCGUGGGAGGCAGAGGAAAAAAAGAAACUGUUUCCUCGCCUGCUAGGGUAAGAGGAGGGACUCGUCCACUGAACUUUUAUUAAAGGGCCGCAAAUCUGAAGGCAAAAAAAUAAAUAACUAUCAUUGCUCUUGCAUUUUUAAUUACUUACAUAUCAAUUCUUGGUGCUACAGAGUAGAUGUAGGCGUCUUCUACAGACUGUGUAUAAUGUAUAUCUUUUAGAUUUAUUUUAUUAUUUUGUAAGCACGAUGGGGGAAUAUAAUUUGCUUGUGUUAUGUAGAUUUAAAAAAACAAAGCCCAAGCUUCUUUGCACUUUAAAAUGUAGUAGAGGUGAGCGUGGAAUUAGCUUAAUUUUCACAGAUCUGCCGUACCAUGUGCUGUGUCUCUGUUGAUAUUUAUACUUGCCUUUUUAGAAUUUUUUUAAAAGCCAGCCUCUCCUUUCUUGCUCUGUUGCAUGCAUGAGUUUUUCUCUUUUCCUUCCUUUCGUUUUUGGUCCCACUGUGGCAAGCAGACCAUUCACUCAAGGAAUGUACUGAUUUAUAUUGCUACUUUUUUUCUUUAUUUUUUUUUAAAUUUAUGAUACCAAAAAUGUGUGUAUGACAGGAAAAAAAUCCACCCAGUUGACUCUAUACAAAUAACUAUAUAAAUAAAGCUAAAUUAAAAUUG